CCCCCAGGGGGGUUACCUCGGGUGCAGUGGAAUGGCGGAGGAGGCGAUGGAAAGCUACCUGUACGCUGCCUACCACCCCUACUCCUACCGCUACCCGCCGCCCAAGGGCAAGGGCGGCGCGGCGGGCGGCUGGAGGCCGCGGGGCAGCAGCUACUUCUCGGGCUAUGGGGAGGCGGCAGCGGCCGCCGAGUACUUCGAUAACUACCAGCGGGCGCAGCUGAAGGCCAUCCUCUCCCAGGUCAACCCCAACCUGACGCCGCGGCUCCGCAAGGCCAACACCAAGGAGGUGGGCGUCCAGGUAAACCCGCGGCAGGAUGCCUCGGUGCAGUGCUCGCUCGGGCCCCGCACGCUGCUGCGCCGCCGUCCCGACCCCCCCGGCGGGUCGCGGCACCUCCCGGCGGAGCGGGAAUUGCCGAGGGAGCAGGAGCAGGGCAGCCCCGCCACCACCAGCACCCGCGCCGUCCGCUUCCCCCGCACCAUGGCCGUCUACUCGCCCAUGGCGUCCCGCAGACUCACCGCCUUCUUGGAGGAGCCGGAGCGGCGGUCGCAGGAGAAGGUGGAGGCAGCCGUCGAGGAGGAGGCGGCCGCGUUGCGGAAACAACGAGAGGAGGAGGCGGCCGCCGUGCGGGACAGUUGGGAGAACCCCGCCGAGGGCGACGCCGAGCCCUUGGCACAGCGUCCGGCUGCGACCCCAGAGCUGCCGGCUGCAGAGCCGGAGGGCAGCCAGGUGGAGAAAAAGGUGGCGGAGCGGGAAGAGGCGGCGGCCGCUCCCCAGAAGCGAGAGCCGGCGGCGGGAAAGACCCGGCUGCGCUUCCAGUUCCUGGAGCAGAAAUACGGCUACUACCACUGCAAGGACUGCAACAUCCGCUGGGAGAGCGCCUACGUCUGGUGCGUCCAGGGCACCAACAAGGUCUAUUUCCGGCAGUUUUGCCGUACCUGCCAGAAGUCCUACAACCCCUACCAUGUGGAGGACAUCACCUGCCAGGUAAGGGACCCCCAACCCGGGGCCGGGCCGCCCCUCCCGUCGCCCGGCCGCCGACCGCCGCCUCCUCCCGCAGAGCUGCAAGCAGACGCGGUGCACCUGCCCGGUGAAGAUGCGCCACGUGGACCCCAAGCGGCCGCACCGCCAGGACCUCUGCGGGAGGUGCAAGGGGAAGCGCCUGUCCUGCGAUAGCACGUUCAGCUUCAAAUACAUCAUCUGAACGGAUGGUUUUGUUGAGGGCUCUUAUAGGGAACUGCAAGUAGAGCAGGUUGG